CUCUCUCUCUCUCUCUCUCUCUCUCUCUCUCUCUUUCCCUUUCUCUAGCUCUCUCGCGGCCUAUAAAGCCGCAACAGCUGAUCUCGUGCAUCAGAAAGAGCCGCAGCUCCGCACGCGCCGAGCAGAGGAGAGGAGAGAGACAGAGUGGAGGAGAGGAGGAGAGAGUGAAAGAGAGAGUUAGCGAUGGUGAGAUGAGCUGUUCUGGUCUUCCAACUACUGUUUUUAAAAGAACAUUUUUUGAGCAAUAUUUUUAAGGAACUGUGACGAGUUUGUUUCCAGAGAAGCUGAAGUCUUGUUCUCGAGACGUUUUCUGGACUCAGCGGUUGACUUUUUGAACCCCUUUAACCUUCGUUUCUCUCUGACCGUUAGCCUACCGUUACGACUCUUUACCUUUCCACUUCUUCACUGUUAGGCUACAUCUAACGGUUUGUUUUCGACAAACAUCCAGAUUGAGUUGACUCACCUGCAUGGGAAUUUUCACCGGUGUGUGUUUCGCUCCGAGCUGAGCUAUUUUAAAACCAGCGGAAACUUCUUCUUCUCUCUUUUUCCUCUGGUGCUGAACGGACAGUGGCGGUUGGCUGUGGCACGCGGAGAAAGGGGAGUGAACAGGAGUCUCGUGCCGAGGGGGAGCUGUCCGGUACUGAAACCACGAGACCGGCUAGGGGCACGAGAAGAACUGUUCUGGGAGCUGACCGCGUGCUGAAGACCAACGGUUUGGAACGAGAACAAUAAAACGGUCGUCUUUCUUUUUGAAGCAACGGAAUAAAACAAAUGAACAAAGUAAACAAGAAAAGGGGGCGUUUUUACUGCGUUUCUCAUCUUCCAUGUUGUCGGGGCAAUAGCCAAUACAGGAAUUGAUUUAUUAAUUUUUUUGUUUUUGACCUUUCAGAGCUCCACAGGUCUCCCAGUGGUGAGUUGUCGGAGUAAAACAGACUCAUUUUACCCCAGGACCGAAAAAAUUACAGUCUGUAUUUGACAAACCUGAGCAAAAAUAAAUAUUACGUAUGCUAAAAAGGCACAUGAGGAGCGCUUGGUUUGUCUGAUCUUUAAAAGCCAUGUCUCCUCUCCACUUUCGAGGCUGUUUGAUUGGAGGGAGCAAACGCACCUUUAGUAGCUGAAACUAGGGAGUACAUUAUAGCUCAAAUCAGGCGAUUAAGGGUUUCACCUAUAGGUUUUGGUCAAGUUUGAAGUGGGUUGGAAGACAGAGGGAGAGUGUGUGUUUAUUGUAUGAGUAAAGGAGCAACUACUGUCCCAUCAUGCCUCGGUCUUUCUUGGUGAAGAAAGUGAAACUGGACGAUUUUUCGGCUGCAGAGCUGGAGAGCUCAUAUGGUCACAGCAGAAGAGAACAACUCAGUCUGCGAUUCAAUCAUCAUGACAAAGGCUACGUCAGCGAUUAUCUGAGUCCAUCUCCUUAUGAUGAUGUGGUGGGAAGUGACUCAUCUGUCAUCUCUAAAGUACCCUCCCCUGACCAUCCAUCAAUCAUCUAUGGCCGCAUCAAUGACACCUAUUCUGGUAUCCAUGGUGAUAUCCAUGGCGAUUCGGACCAGCCGGACAGCCCACGGUCUGAGGUGUCGUCAUCAGCUGGCGGAUACAUCAACGGGGACGCAGCUGUGAGUGAGGGAUACACAGUGGAUGCGUUUUUCAUCAUGGACGGACGUUCACGGAGGAAAGCCACAGGAAUUCCCAAAGGAACCACCCAGAGGCACACCUGCAGCGAAUGCGGCAAAACCUAUGCCACGUCCUCCAACCUCAGCCGGCACAAGCAGACGCACAGGAGCAUAGACAGCAAGAUGGCCAAGAAGUGCCCCACAUGUGGUAAAGUCUACGUUUCCAUGCCUGCGAUGGCCAUGCACCUGCUGACCCACGACCUCAAGCACAAGUGCGACGUGUGCGGCAAAGCGUUCAGCCGGCCGUGGCUGCUGCAGGGCCACAUGCGCUCGCACACAGGCGAGAAGCCGUUUGGGUGUGCGCACUGUGGCAAAGCAUUUGCUGACCGGUCAAACCUGCGCGCCCACAUGCAGACGCACUCAGCCUUCAAGCACUACAAGUGUAAACGGUGUGACAAGACGUUUGCACUCAAGAGUUACCUGAACAAGCACUACGAGUCGGCAUGCUUCAAGGGGGCUUUCUCACCUAUGAGCUCACUGGGAGAAUGAUGGAUGCAGAAAGGUUGACUAGGGUUUUAUUUUCUUUAUUUAAAUCAGAUUUUACUGGCCUCACGCCCUACUUUUCUUGCUUUCCCCAACAAGAAGACCAGUAUACCUGAGCACUACGAGGGAGUAGUGUUUUCUCUGCCAGGAUCACGAGGCAAAUGACAAAAAGAGAUUGAGGACAUGCCCAUUUAUAUCAAGACCCUCCAAUCCCUCGAUGCUUGAUUUAGAUUGUCACCUGCAUCGAUAAGAUAUGUCCCCUUCUGAAGCUGUUUUGAGUAUCUGUGAAGAUAAAUAAAGCACAGCACAUCUAGCUCAUCAUUUUUGAAGAUACCUAGAUCUAUUUAUGUCCAUAUCUAUCCUCGUCCCUCUUUUUUUUCAACCCAUGACAAAACGACACUGAAGCACAAUUCCUCUCCCAUCUCUGUCUUUCUAUGACAGGAAUAUCACAGGAGUUUAAAGCAUGAAUCACAUCUUCAGUUUUCUUGCAAAGAGAUUCAAUGAACUUUCAUAUUUAAUGCUUUUUUUAAAAACAAACAUUCAUAAUCUAAGGAUACAUCUGGUAUCCUGCUUCUGGUGAAACUGACCUUGGACUGAACUUAUAAGAAGAUAAAGCAUCAAAACAAAGAAAGCACAUGGCAUUUGUUCUCUGCAAGUAAACAAAAUACUUAAGUUUUUCCUUUACACUAGUCACAUGCUUUGCUUACUGUAUACUGUGUCUGCUAUGGCUACUGACACAUCCACACUGAACUGUGAGAACUGUGAAGGAACUAUGAUGUACAAACCUGCAAUAACAUGGGAGGUAUGGCAAAGUACACCUUUGUAGUGGGGAAAUUUUUUGUGCUUUUUCUUUAAACCAAUAUCUUAAAUUGACACAGACAUGGAAGCUGUUUUCUUUUUUAUUAUUAGUUCUGGCAUUUGUACUUUACUUGACAGUAAACAGUGGAACGUGAGAGGGAAUUAGGGAGCCAAACUGGACUUCCAUGGCUGAAAACUCCCACUGAGCCACCAGGGUAUUCCUUAACAAACAGUGUUUUCCUACAACCUAAAUCUGAUGUUAUUUGUUUUUACUUGCCAAUGUCAGACGAGGAGCCAUACAUUAAAAAUGUCAGAAUUUUCCUCGAAAGGUCAACCCUUUCUCAAGUGUUGUAUAAUAGUGUGUUUGUUGCCAGCGGGCCACACAGUAUUCAGCUUUGAGGUUUACGUCUUUUUUAUGUAUCUAUUUAUUGCCUAAUUUAUGUAUUUAUUCUUAUGUUUUGUAGAUGUAUUGAUUUUGCACUUUACUUUGUUAUGUUUUGCCUUUGUUACAAAUAUGCCAAAGCAUUUGACACUUUCUAAUUACCGAAUACAUUUUUACUUUGUCCGCCACUUUAAUUAUAAAAACUACUGCAUGCAAAAAAUAACAAUAGCCUAAUAAUGGAAUCUAUGCCAAUUUUAUGAAUCUUUGGGAUAUUUUGCCAAACCUCUUAGAUAACAGGCAAAUUAAGCAAAUUUCUGUCUUGGGCAAUAUUUCAUUCAUAUCCAAUAGAGCAAUAAUGCAUGAUAUUUUUGAAGAGACGUGAGUCAUAACUGCUUGUAACAUCUUGAUUUUUUCAAGUACCACUAUUCUAUGUAGUUAUGAGAAAUGAAAUUUCAGGGAGUUAGCAAGCCAAGUUAGUGUUAAAUAUGGAGGGUUGGGUUAAGAGCUCUGUAUUUAGAGGGAUUGUGACACUGUUGUGGUUCUUUGAGGCUUUCUCCAAUGACUUUUGUGGUUGUAAAGUGUUUGAACAGAUCAAAUUAGCGAGAGCAGAGAGUCAGUUUUCCAAUUUUCCAACCUCUGCUGAUUUAGUAUGUAAUAUUAUCCAAAAGAAUUGCCUCCUAGUUAUAAUUCUAUCUUGGCAUCAUUAGCUUGUUGACAAUUAUGUCUGUAUAAGCAUUAGGAGCUGUUGGGGCUUCCAGGGAUUCACACAGAUGGCACAACUCCUUUAGGUGGAGUGCUCUGGGUUGGGUUGGGACGGGUCUUUUUGUACAUGGUUUAUGCACUGCCUGCCUCGUAUUAUUAUUCUAAAAUAUUGUAGAAAGUAGAAGGUACUACUAUAGGCCUCUGGUGCUGAAACAUGGAUGAAACAUAAACCCAGAACAACAACGAUUGAGAGUUUUGGUACUUUGUAUGUUCCUGGUUUUCAUUGUUGAAACAGGUGAAACACAACUUUACAGUUGUAAAGACAGUUGUGGGACUGAACGUGGGGCUCUUUGACCCUCAGUAGUCCUUGAGCUGGUCCCUUGUGACAUUUUAAUCAGCGAUGAAGAAGAAAUGUACUCCUAUGAGUUGGUCAAAAUCAGUGAGCUCUCUCCUCAGUUUAAAUCCCAUCCAAAUUUUCACUCAGUUUUACUCAUUGGCAUAAGACAUUCAUUCACAAACUCCAUGUGAGGACUCUAGCGCUAACAACACUCAUUAAACCCCCUGCACAAUUUCAGGUUGUUUUUCUCUCUGGCUGUUGUGAGGUUGUUGUGGUGAUCCCCAGUUAUAAGGAUUGUUGAGAAAGAGAAGACAUUUGGUCAAUAUUUCAGCACCAGAGUGCACCGACAAACACUUAGAUUCUACUAUGAACUACCGUAGCCUACUAUAGCCACAAGCUAGUUUACCUAUUCUUAUAUAAAAGCACUUCCUCUUACGAAUUAUAACUUACAACGUUUUUUGUUCAAAGAUAGUAGCACAAUGAAAGAGUUUAGAUUCAGGUAGAUAAUGCCUUGUAUGUAGAAAUAACAACCUCUUUCUCCUUUUUCUACUAUGAUGAAUCAAAGGUAAAAACAACAGCAAAACAAGAUGCUGAAAUAAUACAGGCUGUGUUGUUCUUAAAUAACACAUGAAAAUAUGCUUAAAAAUGACACAUGGUAUGAAUCGACACCUUUAUUACAUGUGUCAUUUUUCAACAUAUUUGUGUGAGAGCAUCUUCACCACACCUUUUUUAAGAGCAAAUGAAAACUCGACUAUUUUGUGGCAAGAGGCCUUGUAAAUAAGCACUGAUGUGACUUUGGAGUCCGAUUAUUUCUACAGAUCUGUAUAGAGUGACAGUGAUGAUGAUAAUGAUGAUGAUGAUGAUGAUGAUGAUGAUGGUGAUGAAUUUUUCUGGAGCUUCCUGCUUUGUUUUGAGUUCUUCCUCUGAGGUUUUUUUUGGGACCUCCAGUGGCUCCAAUGUAAAGCACAAAGACAACACUGGGCAUUUUGUUUCACUUCCUAAAUAAAAACUAGUUUAAAAAAG